CAGUCAGUAAAGCAGCAUCGGCAGAAACGUCAAGUUUCAAGAUGGCUCCGCAGUGUUCUAAAAAUUUCUUUGCAUAUGUGUGUGAAGAAUUUUUACCGUAACCUUUGCAAUCCGAUCGAUUACUGAGGUUUGAAUUGGGCGCAAAGUGUAAAAACACCGGUUUUCAGUGCACACUUUGUGACAAAGCGCUUUCAUGACCGGGCGAGGCCAGCUCGUCGUCAUGGACGAAACGGAAAGAAACCCCUCUCCACCACCCGGGUUCUUGGAAGCGGAAAAGACAUUGGGCGCCGAUCGGAUAGGCGAAACCGUGUUCAGCAGGCACUGGGUGUUUCAGUGUCUACUCAAUGCUCUAAAGGCAGCCGAGAAUGAGAGUGCCAACGGCGAGGCUGACAUGGAAGAGGUCGUCGAACUCGACAGAGAAGUCGAGCAGGAGCUGUGCACCCUUUGGGACAUGGCUGCCAAUUCGGAUGUGGCUCGCUUUCUCCACGAGUUCAAGGCCUUCGAGAUUUUUCUCCAGAUCAUCAAGACAUCCAGAUCGCCUCGUCUUGUGGAAAUUCUGGUCGGAAUCCUGGGCAACAUGGCGGUGUUCCCCGACCUGAGCCUGGCGUUGUCGCAGGAAGACAGCAUGCUACAGAUGGUGCUGCAGCUUCUGGGGGGAUCUGACGCCCCCACGCUGCUUCAAUUGCUCAGACUCUGCCACACAUGCCUCGCAAACAGGGAGUCCUUACCGCUCUGGCUCGCGGCCAUCCGUGGAGCUGACAGCUGCCUUCCCCACAUCACUUUCAUCUUGGGAAACUCCAUCAACGAAGAGCUGCUGAAGGUGUGUUUCCAAGUCCUGGACUGUGUUGUUGAUGAGGAUCCAAGCCUCUGCAGCUACUGCGUCAACGAAGAGUUUGUUACAGCUGUCUUCGCUGCAGCAGGCCAUCUGAGUGCCAUGGAGAAGCAAGAAUUCCUGGACGCAUUCUGGCAUCUGCUGCACGUUCUGGACUACGAGACAGAUAUCAGGGACAUGCUCGUUCCUUGGCGAGACAAGCUGGAAACGCUGCUCUUUGACUGGCUUCAAGGACAAGGUCAGGAAUCGCCCACGCUGCCACCCAGGUCCUGCUGGCGCACGCUCGGGACCGGCCUCACGCUCGUCACCGACUUACGAGACGCCAGUCGUGCCAGUGCCAGCCAACCGUUGGCACGGGACCUCUGCAGGAGGCUGCAGGAAAUGUACCAGCUGCUACAGAGCCGCCUGCAGGAAGCACAAGCAGAAGAGCGCUUGGGGCUGCCGCGUACCGACAGCCUCGAUGACUCGUUUCAUCUCCUCAACAACGCACUAGAGCGAGCUCUGAAUCCGAGCUUGUAGUGCGUGGCUACAAAGACCGGGGACCUUGUCUAUGCACUCGUAUCUUUGCUUUCGUGCCGAGGGUUUGUGUCCUCAGACCCCCCUCCCACUUGCCCUCUGUAGCACAUUUGGAUACGUUCCGGGCAGAGCCAUCGAAUCUAAAAGGGUUCAGCAGUCUUUUCCAAGCAACCAUGAUGGUUGGAGAGAGAUCUAAAGGCGUCAUAUUUUGGGUUGUGUUUUGUUACUCUAAACAUUGCGUACAUUGCAUCGCUAAUUAUGGAGCACAUAAGAAAAUGCGCCAGAGUGCCACGAAUACAUUGUUUUUGUGUUUCUUGUUUCGCUUUCGACGGUUGGGAGCUGGAAUCUUGGUGUGAUGUCAUGCUCAGGGAAUGUAACUAUGGCGGCAGCCGCGUGGAUUCAUAAAUUGUGACGUGGUGCGUUUGCAAUUCGUCUGUUAGAAUGAGAGCAGACGAAACAAAGGCUUUGCCACGACGCAGGUUUUUUUUAAGUCCACUUGACAGCGUCUACGAUGCCUCGAGGCUCCUGCUCCUGGCACUCGAAACGGGAACCAAAGUCAGUCAGUCAGGAGAGAAAAAAAAAGUGAUAACGAACUAUUCACAGCAGCUUGGCAGAUUUUAUCUUGCAUUCCAUAAUUAGUGUUGAUGUACAGAUUAUUAUUUAUACUGGCAACAAAUGCAACCCAAAAGCUGAAUGUGUUUAAUUCUUAAAUAGGCCUUCGACACCUAAAAAUAAUGGUUUGCUUUCGUGGAAAGCGCUAGAUCAUGUUGUCUAGACGCUACCAUUACUUUUUUCUUCACAGCCGCAUGUUUGCCGAGGAAAACAGUAGCACCAAAACCGAAGAACUGCCAGGAGGAAAUGUUACGUCGGAGGCCCCAGAAGUCAUUUGGGUUGUUUCGCUUUCCCGACUGCACAUUCAAAGUGUUUAAAUUAUUAUGGUUUCGGUGUUGUGGGAGUCAUAAAAACGAGUUUUUCAUUAUGCCCCAAAAAAAGAUUAUUAGCAUUUUUUUUUUCUGGUCUUUAUGGGUUUUUUGCACAAUUCGAGGCAAGCGUAAACGCUUUGUCAGACACUUUAGUAAGAGUCUAUGACCCCGGCGAGCGAUACAAAUUAUGCUUGCGGGCAUUGUUUACUAUGGUUAAAAUUGUGUGUAGUGUAGUAGCCAAGCAUAAAUUGAAGGCUUGGAAUUGGUUAGUUUUGGGGGAAAGGAAUACUUGAUACGUGGGCAAUAAAGGUAGGAGUUGGCAUUAUAUUUCCGACAGUUGUAUCUCUAUGCAGCCACUGCAUGCACAUAAUGAAGUCGCAUAAAUGCCUGGCACAAUAAAGACUAUGUUAC